UACCCUUUUCUUUCGCAAAUCAAGUAGUGAAAACUUUUCCAGUUAAAUAACUCAAAACAAACCGCUUUCAAACAGGUUCUUAAUAAACAACAACUAAACUCUACUUAACUAUAUCAAUUUUGUUGCUCUUCUUCAACUUCAUUGCUUCAUUCUCAAACUCCACGUUGUCGGAGAUGCAAGGUCCGUCAAAUCUAAAUUCCGUCAAGUUACCGAAUCAACCGACGUCAUUUUCAGAAGCAUUCCGUCCAUCUCACCACCGCCGAGCUCACUCCGAGGUGAACUUCCGGUUGCCGGAGGAUCUAGAUCUGGUCUCCGACCCAUUCGAUGUGCCGGCAGGAAGUUUCGAGGAGAUGGGAUCGGAGGAUGAUUUCUUCUCUACCUACAUGGACAUUGAGAAGCUCACCGGUGGAUCUAACCUCGGCGAUGCUACUGGUCUCGACAAUGCUGGCGCAGGAGGGAGUCAAGUGGGAGCUGAGACUAGUGACGGGGAGAAGAGCAUGAUGAGGCCACGUCAUAGGCAUAGUAAUUCUGUAGAUAUCUCAAGUUUAUUGCUCAGUGAGAGUAUUGAAGCUAAGAAAGCUAUGGCUCCUGAUAAGUUGACUGAGCUCUGGACCAUUGAUCCCAAACGUGCUAAAAGGAUUUUGGCGAAUCGGCAGUCUGCUGCUCGUUCUAAAGAGAGAAAGGCCCGUUAUAUAUCUGAACUUGAGAGAAAAGUGCAGACCCUUCAAACAGAAGCAACCACUCUUUCUGCACAAUUGACCCUUAUCCAGAGGGAUACAACUGGACUUACUAAUGAGAAUACAGAGCUUAAGCUCAGGUUGCAAGCUAUGGAACAACAAGCUCAGUUACGUGAUGCUCUGAAUGAAGCACUGAAGCAGGAAGUUGAAAGACUUAAAAUAGCUACAGGGCAGAUAUCAGCUUCCUCAGAUGCAUACAAUUCAGGAAUGCAGCAAAUUCCAUAUAACCGACCAGCGUUCUUUCCUCAUCAACCGCAGCCAGGGCCAAGUGAAUCACAGAACAUACAGAUGCCGCAGUUUCACCACAUCCAGGGCAGCAUGUCUAAUCCGCGUCACCCUCUACAUGCUGGACAUGCACAGGCUCUGGCAGACGCAAUGCAACAAGAUCCCCUCAGUCGUUUUCAGGGUCUUGAUAUCAGUAGCAGGGGUUCUCAUCUUGUAAAGACUGAAGUCCCCUCCAUUUCUGCCAGUCAAAGCAGCAGUACAUUCUAAUAGAGUUGCGAAAUUGUGCAUUCCCCUCCCAACAUAUUUAUUUAACUGUCCAUAGACUGACACGUGUUUAACAUCAGGAUUCAUUAUUCUUAAAAAAAUUUAUUUAGGUAUUUGUCCCAUUUGACUCGAGUAUAGGAUUAACAGGUCAUGGAAGUAUUUCUGUUUCUGUUCAUUUUCCUUAAUCUGAACCGGACUUUGUGAUUUAUUCAUGUGACAUUACUUGGUGUCUAUAGUUUCUGGUGUGAGGUCUUAUGUGUCACACUUUGUGUUGUUGCAUACUUCAGUUUGUGAAGUAUCUUCUCUCUAUGAUUGAGUAAUUAAUGUAUGGGUCAAAAAGUAGUACUUAUA